AUGAAAUAUUUCAAUCACUCAGGUCAACCCAGCCCAUCGGGGUCUCUUGAAGAGUACAUUAGAGCUAUGGACCGCAUAAAGGAUUCUCUUAUUUAUUUCAACCAGAACAACACGGAACACCUGGAGUACACGCGACUUAUCCUUUAUCAUCAAUGCAAGUGUAUUACCCUCCCGAUAGAUAAUGAAAACGGUGAUGAGAAUCAACCUGUGCUUCUGGAGUGUGACUCAGUUUCUGAUGAGGCCGUCCGCAGCAUGCUGGAGAUCUCCGAUUGGCUUCGUAAGGCCGGCCCCUUGGGUGUCGUGGCGUCAACCGGAAAUGAUGGGCAGAAACCCCAUCACCAUUUCCCCCGACCCUCCUUUUUUGGUGGUUCUGAUUCAUCGGGUGGAGGUAGUUAUCAGUUGCCUGAAUCGCUGGCGCAGUAUUGUGAUUUUCGGAGGGAUUUAAUGCGUGUCACACUCAUAAAGCUUCGCGAGUACCAAAAGUCCAUUGAGAAAAAUCCUCAACCCACGCGCGCGCGUUCAAAUGUUGGCGGAAGUCAGUUGAAUUUGUCAACGCCUGGUCGACGUCGGUAUGUUGGUUUGAAAGCUGUCGGCAUUGUUUGGGAUGUCAUGGUAGUUGCCUCCCCUGGAGAGCAAAGUUCGUCUGUGGAAUUUUUCGUCCUUUGGCAUGUAGUGAAUUCACGACGUGGAGUCGCGAGUGACAUCCGCGAUGUGGAGGAUCUCGAUUCGGAGCACUAUGCAACGAGUCUCAGUGCAUUCCUAAUAUUGAUUGAGCGAGAACGUCUACUUUUGGAUCGUUUGAAACUGGCGGCGAACUCCCACGAAGCGCACUUUGCCUACAGCCUCAUCUGCAACAGCGCCCUUAAAGACCUGCUAAAUGAGGGUGGGACCUACGUCCGCUUAAUGAGCAGAGUAAUUGGACGUGGGGAGUUCUACAUGAUCGUCUCCCUUCUGACAAUCAUGCGUAGGUUCAUAGAGCUCUCUCCAUCGUUCGUGCAAACUCUAAAGGUGGUCAGUACGUUGAUGCAACCGAUGACCAACUUAGUUAACCGUUUCCGAGAGCAGAUCAAAGCUACUUUCGACGCGUUUCUGCAGCAAUUGGCCCCUGGGUUCGGAAGUUCUCAGGUUCCGCCUGAUGCGACUGUUCAUGAACUUGCCUCCAAUGUUCUGCUUUUCCUGGAGAAGUUGAUGGACUACGAAAUCACCGUUGGGACUGUCUUAACCUGGGAGGAGGCCAAGGUGCCACAGGAUGCCACCUUCACGUAUCUAACCACUGUGACGUCGAAGCCCAAGAUGGCUAGGUCUGCGUUUGGCCAGUACAUCCUCCGUGUUACCACCUCACUUGUCGGGAACAUUGACAAAAAAUCCGAAGCCUACUCCGACGAUCUCUCAAGGACAAUUUUUCAAAUGAACAAUCUUCGGACUGGGUUACAGACGAUUUUGAACGAGUACGACACUGCAGCCGUCGAUAAGCUCACGCGGAUACUGAACGAAAGUAAACACGUCUACACUCGAGCAAUUUCAAAUUUGGUUGGUUUUACGCCCUCGAGUAAAGACGGCACCUCGACGGGUACUCUCCGGCGCAAACUGGGGAGUGCCCUGUCAGUAAGUUUUGCUAGGCGUCGGUCCUCGAGGAGCGAGUCCUUAUGCAUGCGAUUCGUCGAUUUGCCUUCAUCCGCUUUUAUCAACCAGUUUGCUCAGCGUAGACAGGUAAAUGUGCCCCGCUUUUUGGAUUCGAAAGAACGGUCUCAAAUGAAGGAUUUGUGGAAUAAAAUUAAUCAGGGUUUCUCGAGUUUUUUGAAACAACAUUCGGAAUUAUCGAUUCCCGAUAAGGAUCUGCGCGAGGACCUUUGCGCCUGUCUGACAAAGGACCUGGUCCCACUCUACCAGACACUCUACGAUCGCUCCCUCCAGACCCCCUUUACCUCGCGUCGAGAGAAGUACAUUAAAAUGAACACGGCAGAAUUUCAAGCGAGGCUAAGUCAACUAUUUUCUCCUGGAUCUGGACAACAUCGAGCCCCCAAAUCCUAA